AUGACGUCGCUGCUUACCCUGUACCUCAACUACAACUCGAUCACGUCACUUCCUGCCGGCUUGUUCGAUGACCUCACCAGCCUGCAAGCCCUCUACCUCGACAGCAACCAGAUAUCGGCCCUUCCUGACGGGAUCUUCGAUUCGCUCAAGCAGCUGACUGUCUUGAGCCUCCAGUACAAUCAGUUGACGAGCGUGUCAGCAAGGACUUUCAAGUCCUUGUCCUCCCUCAUUCAGAUCUACAUCAACAACAACAAGUUUUCCUGCAUUGACGGCCUUGCAUUCGAGAACAGCUUGAAACUCAACCUUGUUUCCCUCAACGGCAACCCCAUGAACUGCGUGCCUGCAGUGCAGUACGGAGAGUGCGCAUCUUGCACCUACCUGGACUUGUCCAGACAGGGGAUCAAGAACCUGGAUGCUAACGUGUUCAAGGGCUUCAACGUCGAGAGGCUUGACCUCACAGGCAACGAGCUGGCGGCAGUUCCCUACAGUGCCCUGUCAAGCAUGGAGUACGUGCAGACACUGGUUCUAGACAAGAACCGCAUCACUCGGCUCAGCUACGACGGGAUGUCCUUCCCUUCCUGGAUCUACACGCUCACACUCGAUGGGAAUGGGAUGGUGGAGAUCGACCCACGAGUCUUCUCCUCUAUGACGAGCCUCCAGUACCUCAGCCUCUACAACAACAGCCUGCCUUCGCUCCCUGACGGCCUGUUCGCCGGUACCAAGCAGCUCCUCACGUUCCGGGCGUCCAGCAACAGGAUAGCCUCCUUGCAGAAGGGAUUGUUCGACACCGCCAGCUCCUUGCAAAUCGUCGAGCUCAUGGACAACAAGAUCGCAUCCUUCGGCGAGGGGUGCUUCGACAAGCUCUACAACGUGCUCAUGAUGUCCCUGCAGCACAACUCCAUCUCCAUGGUCCCCCCGGCUCUCUUCAAGAACAUGACCAACCUCAAGUACCUC